UAGAUCUAACAUUCUCUGUGCUACCUUUUUCUUUUUUUAAACCGUCACCAUCCAUCUUAGAAUCAAUACCAUGUAUUGGUUCCAAGGCAGAAGAGUGGUAAGGGCUAGGCAAUGGAAGUUAAGAGACUUGCCCAGAGUCACAGAGUUAGGGAGUGUCUGAGGCUAGAUUUGAACCCAGGACCUCCUUUCUCUAAAUCCCCUGAGCCACCUAGCUGCCACUCUGUGCUACCUUCUAAGGUUCAUUCCAGCUCUGACAUUCUAUCUUGUAUUCUCUAAAUUCUCUUCCUGCUCAAACAACCUAUUUCUCUGGUCCCUUCCAGCCCUGACAUUCUAUGUUCUCUGCUCUAAAUUCUUUGCCAGUUCUGAUAUUGUGAAUGUGUUCCAAGAUCCUUUCCAGCCCUGACAUUGUGUUCUAUGUCUAAGGUCUCUUUCUGAUCUGACAGUCAAUAUUCUCUGUCCUAGGGCCAUUUCCAACCCAAAUAGACUCUAAGAAUAAGGCCACUACUGUUCUAGCUCUCAAUGUAUCCUCCAAGAGUCUCUUCUUCGGCCUCUGCCUAUGAAGAGGCUUCAGCAAUAUUUACUCCUCUUCUAACCAAUAGAAAGGAAUGGAUACUGGAAGGGGGAUGUACGGUUUGUAUCAGACAUUCUCUCUCUCUCUCUCUCUCUCUCUCUCUCUCUCUCUCUCUCUCUCUCUCUCUCUCUCUCUCUCUCUCUCUCUCUCUCUCUCUCUCUCUCUCUCACACACACACACACACACACACACACAAGCAGCAUAAUUAACUGUCUUAAGAGCCCUAAGCCUCAGCCAGCUGUGAGCUGGAAAUAAUCAAAUACCUUGAAGGCAGGGCCUGGCGGGGAUGGCUAAAGGAAGCAGCAGCAGCAGCAGUGGCAUUUUAGGAGAAUGUGAUUAAGGGUCCCCAGUUUUCCGGACCAUAACAGCGGACCCUCAGUUGUCAGGUUUUCCCAGACGACACAGAUAGCGGCCAGUCUUCCGCAGGAGAAAGAAUGUCUUCCAUCCAUCCCCCUUCUCUUUGAGGCAGCUGCCAUCCCGAGGCAGAAAGGGAGGGAUGCACAACUGGAUCAUCCGAGAGCUUGCCUUUGUUCGUCCCUAAAGAGGAGAGAUCGCCUGGCGACCCCUCCCAAUUUCAAGCUUUCUCUAUCUUUGAUCCAUCACCAUGGGGACCACAGAAGCCACACUGCGGAUGGGAAAUGUGGAUGUGAAGGAGGAAUGGCAAGAUGAAGACUUCCCCAGACCUCUCCCAGAAGAGACAGGGAUGGACACCCUUGGCAGCCCCAUUGAAGAUACAUCCUCUCCUCCAAACACUUUAAACUUCAAUGGGGCUCAUCGUAAACGAAAGACACUCGUUGCUCCUGAAAUCAACAUCUCAUUGGACCAAAGUGAGGGCUCCGUCUUGUCUGACGAUUUCCUGGAUACCCCCGAUGAUCUGGACAUCAAUGUAGAUGAUAUCGAAACCCCAGAUGAGACAGAUUCCCUGGAAUUUCUAGGAAAUGGCAACGAGCUAGAGUGGGAAGAUGACACCCCCGUGGCCACUGCUAAGAACAUGCCUGGCGACAGUGCAGACCUCUUUGGGGAUGGGGCUGCUGAAGAAGGUGGUGCUGCCAAUGGGCGACUGUGGAGAACAGUCAUCAUUGGUGAGCAGGAGCACCGAAUUGACCUCCAGAUGAUCAAGCCCUAUAUGAAGGUGGUAACCCAUGGAGGCUACUACGGUGAAGGUCUGAACGCCAUCAUCGUCUUUGCAGCCUGCUACCUCCCGGACAGUAACUCUCCAGAUUACCAUUACAUAAUGGAAAACCUUUUCCUGUAUGUCAUCAGCAGUUUGGAGCUCCUUGUGGCUGAAGAUUAUAUGAUUGUGUACCUGAAUGGUGCCACCCCACGACGGAGGAUGCCAGGGAUUGGCUGGCUGAAGAAAUGCUAUCAGAUGAUUGACAGAAGGCUUCGGAAAAACCUGAAAUCCUUAAUUAUUGUCCACCCCUCUUGGUUUAUUCGAACAGUGUUGGCCAUUUCCAGGCCUUUUAUCAGUGUGAAGUUUAUCAGUAAGAUCCAAUAUGUGCACAGUCUGGAAGAAUUGGAACAGCUCAUCCCCAUGGAACACGUGCAGAUUCCCGACUGCAUCCAACAAUAUGAAGAAGAAAGAAUCAAGGCCAGGAGAGAAAGGUCAGAAGAAAAGCCAGAGACAUUGGAAGAAAGGUCUUCAGUAGUCACAGAAGAUCAGGAAACAAGCAUGUCAUGAAUCCAAGCAUCCACAUAUGGAAGCAAAGAAGGAAUCCAGUUCUCCGUCGCUUCCUGUACACACCCUUCCUGGUGCCCAGCAGAGCUCAUCACCACCUCAUUCUGAACACCAUCCUACCAAGGGCACUGCAUCCCAUCUGUCUCAGACAUCUCACAUCCUCUACAGCUGCUUGAAAAUGUUUUAUUUUUUUAACAACCCAUUAUUGGCACUUUCUCAAACAGGGUCACCCUCCCAUUCCCCUCCUUCCCCCCUCCCCCUCCCCCAAAAGGAUGGGAGCAGAGAAGACAGCAGAGGAGAUAAAAUGGACAUGUCCUCAUCUCCAGUAGCCUUCACGCUGUGCUCCUUAUUCUGAUGAUAGCCCCAAAUUCAAUGACAGGUUGAAAGGACAUAUCAACACUUCAAAUCCUCUCACAAGUUGGUCUAUGGCCAUUUCCUUUUAAGCACUAAAUAGCCUGUGUCCCAGGCACCAGCUGACACCCUGGCUUUCCCCUCAGAACUUGGCCAAGUGCCCACAGGUCUCUGACAGACAUUCCCCCCAAGAUCUUGUGAUGCCCUGACAAUCUCCAUGCACAAGCUCCCCUUGAGUUUCAUAGCUCUCUCUUCCCAAACGGACGUAACUAUACCGAUUCAGCUCAGCGUAGUCUUGGAGUCAGAAAGACCAUGGGUGAGUCCUGCUUCUGACACAUACUAGCUGUAUGGCUGUGGUCAUGUCAAUUGAUUUCUCAGCACUACUGAAACAGAUCCACCCAGACUGUAUGGAAUCUGAUCGUGGUAACCUAUUUUAUAGACCUCUUCCCAAGAACCAUUUUCUGGGCAGGGGAAGAGAAGGUGUUGUUUGGCUCCUAUGUAGAGCUCUGCUCUAAUCAUAAUCCUGGAUCUGGUACCUAGGUCACCCUGGACAAGACAUUCAAUUCUUUGGGCUCCAGUUUCCUCAUCUAUAAAUGAGAAAAUUGCACUAAAUGACCUAACAUUCCUUCCAGUCUCAAAUGUUCUCCUCCUACAGGAAGGAAGGAAGGAAGGAAGGAAGGAAGGAAGGAAGGAAGGAAGGAAGGAAGGAGGGAAGGAAGGAAGGAAGGAAGGAAGGGAGGGAGGGAGGGAAGAAAGAAAGAAAGAAAGAAAGAAAGAAAGAAAGAAAGAAAGAAAGAAAGAAAGAAAGAAAGAAAGAAAGAAAGAAAGAAAGAAAGAAAGAAAGAAAGAAAGAAAGAAAGAAAGAAAGAAAGAAAGAAAGAAAGAAAGAAAGAAAGAAAGAAAGAAAGAAAGAAAGAAAGAAAGAAAGAAAGAAAGAAAGAAAGAAGGGAGGGAGGGAUCGAGGGAGGGAGAGAGAGGAAGAAAGAAAGAAAGAAAGAAGGAAAGAAAGAAAGAAAGAAAGAAAGAAAGAAAGAAAGAAAGAAAGAAAGAAAGAAAGAAAGAAAGAAAGAAAGAAAGAAAGAAAGAAAGAAAGAAAGAAAGAAAGAAAGAAAGAAAGAAAGAAAGAAAGAAAGAAAGAAAGAAAGAAAGAAAGAAAGAAAGAAAGAAAGGAAGGAAGGAAGGAAGGAAGGAAGGAAGGAAGGAAGGAA